UGUGCGCUUGCAGGUGUCGGGAAAUCUUCGCUUGUUCACCUCUUAUGCCAAAACCAGGUGCUGGGAAACCCGUCCUGGACAGUGGGCUGCUCGGUGGAUGUUCGAAUCCAUGACUACAAAGAAGGGACUCCAGAAGAGAAGGUGUACUACAUUGAGCUAUGGGAUGUUGGAGGUUCAGUGGGUAGUGCCACUAGUGUGAAAAGCACACGAGCAGUAUUUUACAACUUGCUGAAUGGGAUAAUUUUAGUGCAUGACUUAACCAAUAAGAAAUCGUCCCAGAAUUUGUAUCGCUGGUCUUUGGAAGCACUCAACAGAGAUGUCGCUCCAACAGGAGUUCUUGUGACAAAUGGUGACUAUGACCGUGAACAGUUUGCUGAUAAUCAGAUUCCACUGCUGGUAAUAGGAACUAAGCUGGAUCAGAUCCCAGAAACUAAGCGGAAUGAAGUUUUGACCAGAACAGCUUUCUUGGCUGAGGAUUUCAAUGCUGAAGAGAUAAAUUUGGAUUGCACCAAUCCUCGUUACCUGGCUGCAGGUUCGUCCAAUGCUGUCAAGCUAAGCAGGUUUUUUGAUAAGGUCAUAGAGAAGAGAUACUUCUUAAGAGACGGCAAUCAGAUUCCUGGCUUCUCUGAAAGGAAAAGGUUUGGAGGAGGAACACUGAAGACCCUUCAUUAUGACUGAAUAGUGAAGAAGUGGAAGAUGAUUUCUCUGAGUUCCUAAUGACAUUCCCAUUCCAACUGGAUGCUUAAAGACAUUAAGGCUUAUGUCAAGCAGAGUAAAAUGAUACUGUGCUUUGGCUGGGUAGACUGCUGAGGCUACUUUUGCUGGAAAAGACUUGGGGAAGAAUUUACAAAGAUCUAAUCUGAAGCCCAGAGGAUUUCUUAGGAUUGCAGGCUGUCUGGAUAUCUGGGAACAUUUGGGGAAAGUGCAAUAAAUUGAAUGCCUCUCACACUGCUAUAGGAUACUCCAUCAUACACAGCACGUAUAUGUUACAUCUUUGUCUCCAUUUUGGAAAACUUAUGGAUGGUCUUUGCAAUGAAUUAUAUUCAUCUUAGCUCUAAAGGAAAGAUGACACUGAGUGGGCUUCUCAUUUACAGUAGAGUGAACAAAACAAGUGAGCAAAAUGUAAGGAUGGGUAAGGAAUGGUCUGGAAAAUAAUAGAAUGCCUUUAUUAAAUUAGUGAUGUUGUCUCACCUGGAACACACUGUUGAGCUCUAUUCAGAAGGGAUAAAAGAAAUAGGCAAGAGAUGAAAAGAUCUGAAGCCUUAGAAAUAAAAUCAUUAGUAGAAAAGAAGUGUAUUAAUUCUGCUGCUUAAAUUAAAAUUGUUUACUUUGGAGAGGGCAAAGUAAAUCAGGUUCUCCUGUUUAUCCUUUCAUAAUUGAGUGUGGUCUUGUUCUUAAUAUUAAAUUAAAAAGCAAUGCAUU